UGAUGAAGCGUGACCUGGGGUUCACCCUAGAGUGAUUUAACGUGACCUGCCUACCAACCCUCACCUUAGAGUGAUGCAGCCUGACCCCGCCCUACCCACCCAUUGGGCGGUUGUAGUUUGCUGACCUCACGCUGGCCACACCCACUACCAACAAGACGCCGCCCACACUUCUCCCACUCCGCCCACUCCGCUCACAGCAGGCCAUGGACGAGGGUGACGAGGAGACGGGAGGCACGGACGCCCGACCACGGACGAUGGGCGGCGACGUGGAGUGCGGGCGGGGCGGAGUGGGUGGCGGAGGUGGAGGAGGAGGAGGCCUCUUGGCCCCACAGCCUCCUCCACAACCCCUCCGCUCCAACCUCCUUGCCCUCUCCACCGCCGAUGCAGCGAACAAGGAAGCCAAGAACAAGAACGUUAAGAGCCACAGUAUCCAUGGCAUGGGGGAGGAGGACCGCCACAACAGACCCCACCAGGAGAUGGGACAACUCACCAUCGAGGAGAAGAAAUUCCUUCUCUCGGUGGAACGGGGAGAUGUGGCCGGUGUCCGCAGGAUGCUGCUGCGGUGCUCGGAGUCCGGGAUUAUGAUGAAUUUAAACUGUGUGGAUCCUUUAGGACGCUCUGCUCUUCUUAUGGCCAUCGACAACGAGAACCUGGAGAUGGUGGAACUCCUCAGAGUGGAGACUAAAGACGCCCUCCUCCAUGCUAUCAGUGAAGAGUACGUGGAGGCCGUGGAGGUGUUGUUGGAACAUGAGGAGACCGUACACACCCCAGGAGAACCACACAGUUGGGAGGCCAUCCCCCCGGAGACGGCCACCUUCACCCCGGACAUCACGCCGCUCAUCUUGGCCGCUCACAGAGACAACUAUGAGAUUAUCAAGAUCCUCCUCGACCGUGGUGCCACCUUACCUGGCCCUCAUGACCUCAGGUGCGGGUGUGAGGAGUGCGUGACCUCCCGCCUUGAGGACUCCCUGAGACACAGUAGGAGUCGCAUCAACGCCUACAGAGCUCUGGCCUCACCCUCCCUCAUCGCCCUCUCAUCCAAGGACCCCAUCCUCACCGCCUUCGAGCUGUCAUGGGAACUCCGCAGGCUGUCCUUCAUGGAGCACGAGUUUCGCAGCGAGUACCAGGUGAGUGGAGCGAGUACCAGGCUCAGGAAACAAUGUCAGGACUUCGCCACGGCCCUCUUAGACCACACACGAUCAUCCUACGAACUGGAAGUCCUACUCAACCACGAUCCUACAGGGCCCCCUCACGAACGGGGAGAGGGAUGCCUGAAUCGCCUCAAAUUGGCCAUUAAGUUGAAACAGAAGAAGUUCGUGGCUCAUCCCAACGUACAACAACUCCUGGCCUCCAUCUGGUAUGAAGGUCUCCCAGGAUUUAGGAGGAAGAACAUGGCCCUACAAGCCUUGGAGAUCGUCAAGAUUGGUCUCCUCUUCCCCAUCUUCUCCAUCGUGUAUGUCUUGGCCCCUCACACCUCCCUAGGCCAAACUAUGAGGAAACCGUUUAUCAAGUUCAUCUGUCAUUCAGCUUCCUAUCUCACCUUCCUCUGUUUGUUGAUCCUGGCGUCUCAGCGGAUAGAGACUGUAAUCGUGGACUGGUUCGGGGCGACACCCACCCUUAAGAAGUGGGUGGCUACUGACGUCACCACCCGCAGGGGAGCGCCGCCCAGUCUGGUGGAGUGGCUAAUACUGGCCUGGGUGUUUGGACUGAUAUGGUCGGAAAUCAAACAACUGUGGGACGUCGGGCUUCGGGAGUACGUCGGGGACAUGUGGAACGUCAUAGACUUCAUCACCAACGCUCUCUACGUGGCGACCAUAGCCCUCAGGAUCGUCGCUUACUACCAGGUACAGAGAGAAAUUCGGAAAAACUUAGGUACAGACAACCUACCUAGACAAAACUGGGAUACCUGGGACCCCAUGUUGAUUGCUGAGGGUCUCUUUGCCGCUGCUAAUAUCUUCAGUUCCCUCAAGCUGGUGUACAUCUUCAGCGUGAACCCUUACCUGGGGCCACUGCAGGUGUCUUUAUCCAGGAUGGUGGUGGACAUUCUUAAGUUUAUCUUCCUCUACCUCCUCACGCUCUUCGCUUUCUCCUGUGGUAUGAACCAAUUGUUGUGGUUCUACGCUGACUUAGAGAAGCAGACGUGUGAUGAGGAGGGACAGCCGCAAGAUAACAUGACAUCAGGUUCAGGUUCAGGGGAUGAAGAUUCGGGUCCAAACAUCGACUCGUGCAUAGUGUGGAGGCGAUUCUCAAACCUGUUCGAGACGACACAAACUCUCUUCUGGGCAGCAUUCGGCCUCAUCGAUCUCACCAACUUCGAACUGACGGGCAUCAAACCAUUCACCAGAUUUUGGGGGAUGUUGAUGUUUGGGACGUACUCUGUCAUCAACGUCAUCGUGCUGCUCAAUCUCUUAAUAGCUAUGAUGAAUCAUUCUUAUCAGCUGGUUUCAGAGCGGGCGGAUACUGAGUGGAAAUUCGCCCGUAGCAAGUUGUGGAUUAGUUUCUUUGAAGAGGGGGGAACAUGUCCACCCCCCUUCAACACCAUCCCUACACCUAAGAGCCUCUACUACCUCCUCCACUGGUUCUAUAAGAAGUUCUGUGGCCAGACCAAAGCAGCCAAGAAGGAACACAUGAGAACUAUUAGGAGGAAGGCUAGACAAGCAAGCGAGAGGGAAUUAAGAUAUCAGAGCAUUAUGAGGAACCUGGUGCGUCGUUAUGUCACGGUGGAGCAGCGGAAGGCCGAAAACCAGGGCGUGACUGAAGAUGACGUCAACGAGAUCAAGCAAGACAUCUCGGCCUUCCGCUGCGAACUGGUGGAGAUCCUCAAGAUCUCAGGAAUGAACACUUCCACGGCGACCACCUCAGGUCAAGGUUCUGGAGGAAAGAAGAAUCGUCAAAAGGAGAGAAGACUCAUGAAGGGGUUCAACCUGGGAGUGAACACUCUCAGUACCACCCAGAGUUUAGGGGCGACCACUGUUCUCCCGGCCACGGCGGAGGUGGUGGAGGUGGCGGUGAAGCGGUCGCCUCAAAACAAACUGGCGCGGCUGGCCAGGCUGGCGGAGGCGAGACUGGGCCGCCCGACCAACAAGAAGCGUUGGGGGACGCUCGUCGAGGCUGCUAAGAAUGCCAAAGUAAAAAAGUUAUUAUCCAGGUCCCGCUCCGACGAGUCGCUCUCCUCCGAACCUGGCAACGAGAUCACCGGGAACUCAGAGGACGCUCUUGGCGGGGGGGGCGAGACCCCGACCCCCCUCCAGAACCUGCCACCCGGGAUAUUGAGGGGCCCCGACGGUUCCUCGGAGGCCACACGACAGGAGCGGACGGGGUCAGGAGUCAGCGGGACGAUGCAUCUGGACGCAGCAGCGCUGGUGAGUCAACACGAGCCGGUCAAGAGGCCGCCCAAGAGCUCUGUGAGCUUUGAUCAGUCGGCGUUAGCGGGCGCCAGCAGCAGCAGCCCUUCCCACUCCUCGACUGAAACAGAGCCUCCCCCGCCCUACCCACAGUGGCCUCGCCCAGUGUCCACUUCCUCCAAUGUCACCGAACCCACGGUCACUGCCGCGUCACCUUCGUCAGGCAGUGGGUCUUUGCCGCCCUUGGCAGUGAGCGAGUCGUCGGAACCCCUGGUGGGCGCCGGACCCCCAGCCAAUGGGUCGGUACAGCCACCACGACUGCCCGGCAUCCAGCCAGUCAACAGACACAUGGCUGCUGGCUGGCUCUGAUCCUCGCCCCACCCGCGCAUCCACCACUUAUUUAUUAUGGUAAAAGCGUGUCUGAACCAGCACCUCUACCCCCACACUCUCCCUCAUCAACACCCAUUUGUAAAUAGGUCGAGUUUCACCUAUACACCCACACUGGCGACCUGACACGCGACCCUGGCCACCAAAUACCCCGUCACUGAGGUUCACUUUCCCCUGACGCUGUUCAACUGGGGGGGAGAGGCAGUUAGCCUCAACCCCUUGGUAUCAAAGGUCACUGUUGUUUAUCGGAUCCCAUUCGUAAUGUCACCCGCACUGUAUAUACCAGGAUAACUAUAUAUAUAUAUAUAUAUAUAUAUAUAUAUAUAUAUAUAUAUAUAUAUAUAUAUAUAUAUAUAUAUAUAUAUAUAUAUAUAUAUAUAUAUAUAUAUAUAUAUAUAUAUAUAAGGGGAUAUAAAACCUCCUCUUUGUUUAAAUAUGACAUUUGAGAUUUAUAAAUUGAUAUUGUAAUCAUUUAGUUCAAGGUGUUUGUUUAUAUGGCAUUGUAAAGAAGACAAUGUGGUAGAGUCAUUGGAACAUUUAUCCCUCCUUAACUGUAUUGAUAACUCCUAUAGUAUUUAAACUUUUAAAAUCGUAAAAAAAUAGUGAAGUUGUAUAUAAGGAAGUUGUUGUUGACAUUCAAGAUUUUAAUAUGAAUUUUAUUGACUCGAAAAAAAGUUUAAUCUCAAGAACACUUUAACGGGGUUUGUGUCUUGAGCACCGAGUGAAUUAAAUGUAGGAAAAUGGUGCAGUGCAAUAUAAACAGUACGUGGUGAUAGAAAACGGUGCACAGUUCUAGAAAUUUAUAUGUUAUCAUAGAAAUGAAUAGUUAGUGUUAAAUAUGGUGCACCGUAAUAGAAAACGGUGUAUUGUAAAAGAAAAUGGUGUUGAUAGCGAGCACUGUGACCCGUAACUUGCUCAAGAACAAAAAUUAGUGAAAACCUUUUUUUUAUAUCAAGUGACUCAAGACACUAUACCGCCAGACACUUGGAAAAUAAGAAAUAGUAAGUCUAUAUAUUAAUUACUAAGUGUAACACGGGUUGAGAUGUAUAUACAAAGUACACUUGUAAUGGUUUUUAUAUAGACAAUGUUCUUCGUUUUAUAUAUACUGUACCGACUUGAUGGCAACAGUGCACAAGGAUGUUCAACGUUAGUGUUUGUAGCUUCUGCUUGUAAUAUUGAUAUGAUUAUUAACUUUUUCAGUACAGCUGGUGCUAAAUAUUCUUGUUCUUGGUUUGUCUAGUUCGUCGCAAAGAGAAGUUGUGUAAAAAAAAAUGCAAAAAUAUAUAUUAAUUCCAUCUUAACAAACUUUAUGACACAAAUUGCAUUGUUUGGGUGUGUUAAGGUAGCUGAAGUAUCUGCGUAUCAGUAUUGGAUCCCGGUGGUAAUUGGGCAUCUUGCUAGUCCCCGGGUUUGAACUCAGUAGUAUUUUCACCUGCUAAUCCCGGUUUCGAGUCCUGACUUACGGGGAUAUUUACGCUGCAAAGCUCAAUGAUGGCUCUUUUUCAGUCAAACGCCUCUGAAAUAUCGUACAAGACUAUUUUUUACAUUGCUAAAGAGAAAUUAUGGGAUUUUAAAUAUACAUUAACAGUAAGGUAGGUGAGGGUAACGGUAGCGUCGUACUUCACUUGUUUUAAUAAGAGCGCUUUCCAGACGUCAUUGUUUACUGACCCUGGUGAGCUAGAUGUUGUGAUCAAACCAAAAAUCUAAUUCAUAUUGGAUUCUAUAAAUGUCAUUGCUCAUCUUUGACUUCAUCAACACUAAUAGCUGUAAUAUUUCCUUCUCUCUCUUUCUCUUCUCACUCUCUCUCUCAUAACGAAGAGAGUCUAGGAUGGCUCUUAAGGGGAGACAGGGCUCACUCCUCACUCUCUUCCACGUCCCCUCACUCCAUUAUUGAAUGGUCUGAGGUGAUUCUCUUUCCUUCAUCCUCCGCCUACUCUUCUUCCUCUUCCUAUCCCUCAUUGUUCCCUCCUAUCGAGAUGAUGUUUGAAAGCCUGCGUGAUGACUACCUGUCCCAGAUGAACGGUUGUUGGGAGGUGUUCAACUACCAAUGUGAUACAAGCACAAAAUACCCUCAUGAACCAAUUCUUCACUGGUUGUUUAGGUUUGCUGAGUCGAGCUGUGGGCGAAGAUUGAAAAUUUUACCCUUGUUACGGAAAUCUGAAAAAGAUAUGAUAAUAAUUUUAUACAAGCCUUAUGGAAGGGUGAUGAUAAUGCUAAUUUUCCUCAGGAUAGUUAAGGGGAAGUGAGCCUUAUUGUUGUGGUAAAUGAGGUUGAUCUUAUACCUUGCUCCUGCUCUCGUCUACUAGUUUGUAAAUAUUAAUAAUGCAUGGAAAAAAAUAUCUGUACAUACGAGUAUAUUUAAUUUCUGGAUCUCUUUUUGCAACGAACACUUUUAUGUAAACGUGUGUCUGUGUGCGUGUCUGCGGUGUGUCUGUGUGUGGUCGAGGAAUUUGUUGUCAAACGUUGUGGAAUUAUUAUUUUGAAAAUUUGAUUUCGUUUUGUAGUUUGUAUCUAUAUAUUGUGCAUAUAUACAUAUAUAUAUAUAAAUAUAUAUCAUAAAAUAUUUGCCUUUUUAUGCGAUAGAAAAAAGUAUAUUUGGUCUGACACAAACUGAAGUUGAGGCAAUUAUGUACAUUUGUUUGUUUGUUCUUUUUUGGCUAUGAAAUAUUUGCCUGGAUUUUUGGGAAAAGUUGUAUUGGUGUUGUCAGGAGCUGAACCCUUUGAGGACAAUGGCUUAACCCCCUUGAGGAUUAUAGCUGAGAUUAUACAUUCUGAGGAAGAGUUAUAACUUAAACCAUCGUCCUCAGAGGGUUAAACCAUUAUCCUCAAAGGGUUAAAACCAUAAAAAAAACAUCUAGUUAAAAUUUCUCAAGUGACAUGAGGGAGGUUUCUAAGUACGUACGCCUUCCCGCCUCACCAUAUUUUUAUAUACAUAACACAACAUUUGAUACGACGCUCUGAUGGUGAUGGUAAUGAUGAGAAUGAUUGUGAUGAUAAUGAUGGUGAUUGUAGUAAUGAUGAUGAUGUUGAUGAUGAUAGUGAUUGUAGUAAUGAAGGUGCUGUUGGUGAUAAUGAUGAUGAUAAUCCCUACACCUUCUUCAUCUGGCGUCCGCUGGGUCCAAAAAAAAUUAAUCGUGAAGUUAAAACAGUUAACUAUAUUGUCUUUAACUGCUUCAAUCUUCUCUGUUCCUUGGAUUACAAUUAAUAUUAUUAACCCUGAUUCUUUUACAAGGCUUAUGAAUUAUUUAUUUACAUUCUCGACAUAGGUUUAUUAUUGAUACUCUAAUAUGUGUAUAGUAAUGAGACCUUGUGUACAGUUUUUAUUGUAAUUAUUUCUAAGUCUUAUGAGUUUGAUGUAACAUUCGGUAAAAUCUGUAAUUGUUUGUUAUGUACAGUAGUGUGAAAACCAGCUCAACGCGGCUGUAUAAUUUGCUUAAGGUAUGAAGUAAAAAUAAUUAAAAUAUGUGUAAGGGCGAUUAAAUCAUUAUAACAGUGAUUAAAAAAAUGUGAAGGUGGUUAAAACAUAUGUAAAGGUAAUUAAUAUACGUGCAAAGGUAAUUAAAAUAGGAAACUGAAAGAUCCCGUAGGUAUGAACUGCACAUACUGUAUACCUUAGUAGCCAAAUUAUUAAGGAGAGAAUUUGUGUUUACAUCAUGGAGGAAAGUUGUUGGGGGUGAAGAAGGAGAACCCCGUGGGAAUACGUAACUUUAGAAACCAUUUUAUCAAGCGUUCUCCUUUUUUCAGAAAGUAGACUCAUACUCUGACCCAUCCAUGUAUGUUAACCCUUAAUUCACUUUUUAUCACCAAUUCUAGUUUGUAUUUCAUCUACAGCAUCAUCAUAUUUUGCUGCUAUACAAAGCACAUUGAACGUGUGAUUAUAUUUCAUAAUGUCUCUUGUUCGAAGCGGAUGACAGAUUGUCUUUCUCCUCCUUGGUUUUCUCUUAGUCGCUAAGAGAUUCGCCCAGGAGACACAUUCGAGUCUUUCAGGACAUUUGGUGGAGGCACUGAGGCUCUGUGUUGUGAGGUUACGACACGGCAAAGGCUUCUUGUAGUAAGCACACAACAUGUUAAGAAUAUUUUUUAACCUAAAACAUAUAUUUGUGGCCAAUCAAAGUCUUGGGAUGUCGGUGAACAAAGACUUGACCGCCUCUAACAUCAGUCCAGAAUAUUUGCAUGUUAUCUAUACACCCAGAAGUUUACUUGUGUACUAAAGUGGGCCAAUUGUUUCAGUUCCUUAAUAGUUUGUGAUACGAGACGAUUACAUCAUCACAGUCACACCAAAUCACUGCUAAGGUCACAUCAAUCCUUGGAUAUAGUGAGUUUUGGGUUUCGUUUUUUUUUUACCUACUGUCUAUUACCGAAUAUGCUUUGCUCAUCUUUAAACAACUCCUGUAUUCAACGUUUGAGUGAGUGGGAUUUAAUAGUCCUUUUUUAUUUACUAUUUUAUCGUCUUUCUUGUUAAUUCUGAUCUACAAGUUCUUGUCAUUUUCAUCUGUGAGAAUAAAUAGGUAACACAAGGAGUAGCCAUGACCAUCCUACAAAUGUCUGCUGACUCGCUUGUGUCUAAUGGCGUCUAGUGCUUCUACUGUUUACAGAUCGCACUGCAAGCAGAAGGUGGGAGAAUGUUCGUCUGGCGUAACUUCCAUAAGCGUACCACUGCUUGGGAGGAAAAGAACGCCAGGCGCUGCUAGUUACUCUUGCUGGCGGACGGGUUUGUGAGGCAGGUUAUAGAGAAAUUUAUGUUUUUGUUGAAGUUUUAUGGAUUAUCGUUGCUAAUAAAUUAAUGGUAGAUUGUAUACGACCACGAAGAGACAAAUAAAUAAAUGGAACUA